AUGUUUUACAAGCGCUACUGUUUUGUUGUACUGUUGUACUAUUUCCACAUGUUUGUUCGAUUUUACAAAAUUCAAUUAUUUCUCAACUUUUUAGUGGUUUACGCAGCAGUGCUUCUUACUUCGCUACAAAUAAUGAGCUCCAUCGUAAAGCUUAACGUUGGUGGAACAGUGUUUGCCACUUCUAGAACUACGUUGACCAGAUUUGAAGGAUUCUUUAGCGACCUCUUUGAAACUGAUGCUCCGCUCGAAAAAGACGAUGCCGGAUGUAUUUUCAUUGACCGCUCCCACAAACACUUUGACCUGAUCCUCAACUUCAUGAGAGAUGGCCACGUGGCAAUCGCCAACGAUCAUAAGGAAGUGAUGGUCGAGGCUCAGUUUUAUCUGCUAAGUGGGCUAGUUUAAUUGUGCAGAACUGACAAAGCUUCUUCGAAACAGCUUCCGAUUAUUGAGAAGGACGCAGAUUUCCUGCAAAUUCUUGCUGAUCAGCAGAAGCCGAUUUUGGUGAUCUUGUAUCUUGGCGAAUUGUGUCCAAUGCCUUUUGGUUUUUCUCCGUACGAGUUCAUUGAUGAGCACUCCCAUCAAUUCGAUAUUUAUUUCAAAAGAACUGAAGUGCACAGUGAGUGGAAUGCUGAAAUUAUUCCAAAAAACGGAUCAUAUCCAGUCUAUGUUGACUUUCCGUUCGAAGCUAGAUCUUACACCCCCUCUCACGGAUACAAACCUGCCACAUAUUCGGAGAAGUUGGAAAAGAUGAUCGGGGAGUUUAACAGAAAAUCUGGAGUUCUUACUAGCCUGUUGUAA